UAUAUAUUGAAAGGAACCUCUAACUGCUAUGGCCACCUUCUUCCAAAGAUCAUUUAAGUCUAUCAUAUCUGCCAUCUCUUACUCUUACUUUCACUUUCGGGACGACCAUACACGCAUCAGAAACAACAACAUGCCAAAGGGCCGACCUCUUUCUUUGCAGACUGUGGAGCUGAAAGUAAGGAUGUGUUGCAGCGGAUGCGAGAGAGUUGUGAGAAAUGCAAUUCACAAGCUUAGAGGGGUUGAUUCGGUGGAGGUGGACCUAGAUAUGGAAAAGGUAACGGUGAUAGGGUACGUGGAUCGAAACAAGGUGCUAAGAGCAGUAAGGAGAGCGGGAAAGAGAGCAGAGUUCUGGCCCUACCCAAAUCCCCCAUUAUACUUCACAAAUGCGAAUCACUACUUCAAAGACACGGCCAACGAAUUCAAAGAAAGCUACAACUACUACAGGCAUGGCUACAAUGUCGGAGAAAGGCAUGGGACCAUUCCUGUCACUCAACGGGGCGACGACAAGGUCAGCAACUUGUUCAACGAUGACAACGUUAAUGCCUGCUGUCUUAUGUAAUCUUUUUCCAUUACAUAUAUAUCUACCUUAGUUGUCUUAUGUUUAAAAAAUAUCUGUCUAUUUCGCUAGGGCCUUCGUUUUAUUUAUUUCUCUUUAGUUUGUAACAUAUUUGUAACAUAUGUGAAUGUGCUUUUUUAUAUAUAUAUAUAUAUAUUUUCUCAUUUGUAAA